CUCUUAUGUUCUUGUGUACGGUGUGAAGGUAGAAUUAAGAUUUGUUGCUAUGUUCCCUGUUGCCUCUGGCCCUGACCAUCACUGGCUUGUGCUCAACCCACAGAUGAUUGCUCAGUGGGGAAUGUUCCCUGUCCCUGGGUUAGCUACGCAUUUUGGUGUUCAGCUGAAUAUAAAGUCGAACAAAAACCAAACUACUAAGAAGGCAGCAAACUCCACUGAUGUAACACACAUGAUACAGAAGGUGGAACCUUUCCAGAAGACGUUACAUUGAUUCACAGAAUGCAGUACGUUACAUUUCUUUCUUCAAUAUAUACAUAGAUUUAUCAUGAACAUAUGUACAAACUAUCUUAAUGUAUAACCAUACAAACAGUAACAGAACCAUACAUCUUCAGUAUUUGUAAGCGACACCCUUCCUUUCAAUAAUGACUGCUCACGCAAGUUGUUCUUUUAAAAAGAAAACUAAAGUUUAUUCUAUAUCUCCUCCCUGCCCAAUGUUCCCUUAAUACUUGUGCAAACUUUCUAACCCAGAAAGAAUCCCGUUUCUCUCACAUUUAUUAUUAUAAACAACAAAGAAAAGCAUCAAUACCCAUAAACAUUUCUUCAAAUUUAAAUUUUAAAAACGGCUUCCUAAUGAAUGAAAGCACUUUGUUUCCCCAAUAAAUAAUCACAAAUAAAAGGAAAAAUCAUAGCAAUUCAAGUAAGUGCUCUGGGCUUCCAAAGAGCAUAGAGGUAUGUCAUCAAACAAUAGUAUUUUUUUAAAAAGUAAAAGCCACAGUUCUAUCAGCUUUCUGAAAUUGCUGACAGCAGUCACAGGGCAAUGUAGUGCAGGUGGGUAAAAAUGCUUGUGCAGCAAAGCAGAUUUCUAAGAACCAUCUCAUUUAAAGGUAAAAGAAGUCCUGGUGGUUUUGCUUUCACACGUUUGGCUUCCUGAGGAAAUGAAACUUAAUUCUAUAUAAACAUCUCCUUUCGUUGCGUUUUUGGAGGGCAGAAAAAGGUGGAGACUCAUUCGGUCAGUUCCAGCAAGUGCUAUAAGAUGGCUUUCUCCUCACCUAUUUUGCAUCCAGUGAGUAUAGAAAUAAGAUGUUUAAUAGAUGAAAGCUUUUGGGAUUGCAAUGGGAAGAAGGAUGGCGUGGGCUGGAGCUUUCUAAAUGACAGCAUGCAACUCAUACGGUGAGGCAGAUCUCUAAAGCAGAUCUCUAAAGAAGUGGCCAAGCAGAUUUACAGUCCCUUUCCUGCCUCCUUCGCAGCAGAGUUUUUGCAGGCAAGCUGACCAAGCUUGCAGGUGGAAUGGCGACCUGCAACUAGGAUCAGAUUCAAACAUAUAGGAAAUGCAGAAACUAAGUAGGCAGAGCGUUGUCAUGGAACUGAAGUUGUCAUCCAUCUGCCUGGCGGGACAAUGGAGGAAAGUGCCAUCGGGGGAACAGUCAAAUGGCUGAAGAGUUACAGUGCCUGCUUUUUUGUUUUAUUGGUCAUUCCUGCUCUAAUCACUGCUGUGGAUACACGACCUGACUGUCUGUCUCCAGGCACUGCGGUCAUCUGCAAAGGAUCCCAGCAGGGUUUAUGGCAUGUAAUUGGGUGAUGGGAAAAGCUUGCCUCCUUAAAUAUUUUGUCUGCCAGGCUGCUGUUCAAGGCACAGUAAAGGGGGCCGGGAAGGGAAAGCUAAGAUAAUAGAAUAACAGAAUGGUUCAGCUGGAAGGGACCCUGAGGGUCAUCUAGUCCAACCCCCGCAAUGCAGAAAUCUCAACUGAAGCACCCAUGACAGAUGGCCAGGCAACCUCUGCUUAAAAACUCCCAAGGAAUGAGAGUCCACCACCUUCUGAGCGCGUCCGUUCUGCUAUCGAAAAGCUUUUACCACCAGAAAGUUCUUCCUGAUGGCAAAUCCUAACCGCUGACUUCCAGUUAACCUCAGCAGUGAUGUGGCUCACAUUCCUUCCUCCUCUCCAAAUCAGAGGAGGAGGUUAAAUCAUAGCUGUCAACUUUUCCCUUUUCUUGCGAGGAAUCCUAUUUGGAAUAAGGGAAUUUCCCUUUUAAAAAGGGAAACGUUGACUGCUAUGUGUUAAAUGCAUUUUUGCAUUUAACAUGCUGGGCUCCCUCCAACCCCAAAGCCAAUAGAAUAGCAUUAGCUGGGAGGCCUGAUAAUUUUUGGGACUGUGGUGGGCAUGGAGGAGGAAUUAACCCUUGCUCCACCAGCUGAGGUCCCCUAGGGGCUUUAAGUUUAUUCCCAAGUUAAGGUCUCUGCCUAGGGUGUCCCCAACUCUAGGACCAAGUGUGCAUAUUUGAAAAGCAGCCUCCUGAUUUUUAAAACUUAACUACUUCCAGUAGGGGACGCGGGUGGCGCUGUGGGUUAAACCACAGAGCCUAGGUCUUGCUGAUCAGAAGGUCGGCGGUUCGAAUCCCUGCGACGGGGUGAGCUCCCGUUGCUCGGUCCCUGCUCCUGCCAACCUAGCAGUUCGAAAGCACACCAAGCGCAAGUAGAUAAAUAGGUACCACUCCGGUGGGAAGGUAAAUGGCGUUUUCGUGCGCUGCUCUGGUUCGCCAGAAGUGGCUUAGUCAUGCUGGCCACAUGACCUGGAAGUUGUACGCCGGCUCCUUCGGCAAAUAAAGCAAGAUGAGCGCUGCAACCCAAGAGUCGUCGCGACUGGACCUAGUGGUCAGGGGUCCCUUUACCUUUACCUUUACUUCCAGUAGAGAUUUAUAAUAGAUGAUGAUGAUAAAUGUAUAGUUCAUUUUGGAGAAUAGGAACAAGGAUGUGAUGAUUUUUGUUUUUCUGCUCCACAGAGUGUUCCCUUUCUGCAAUACUUUCACACGCCCUUGCGUGGGGGGAUGUCGAUUUGCAUCAUAGGACAGGUCUUGCAUUCCGCAAAAGGGUUUGUGUGUCUCCUCUUUGUCUCCCAUGCCCUCCCUCCCUCAAGAAAUGCCCUUACCCCUCCUACACCAAUCUUUCUUCUAUUACUAAAGAAUUUCCCAGGCUGAAGUCAGAAAGUUAUCUUAGGGAGCCCAAACCCUCUACCACACCGAGAUUAACCCUUCAGACUAUAUUUUGACUUUUUGUCACAUAGAAAAGAUACUAUGAGCAGCACUGAGGGCUCAUUCACACUCACCUUUGCUUUCAUGCUUUCGAGGCAACUGCCCAAGCUUUCCAGCUCUGUGUUCGAGUGUUUGUUUGUUGUGUCCUCAGGUUUUCCCGGGGGAAAACCCAUGUUUUACCUGGGAAAACCCAAAUGAAUUGGAGCAAAUGGCAAUCCCCCAAAAAAACCUAUUUCCAGUUGCUCCGAUUCAGGGGUGAAAUUUGGGUCUUCCUGAGGAAAGUGCUGGGACUAAAAAGCCUGUACUGGUCAAAACUUCCUUUCAAUAAUGACUGCUAUCAAAAGUUGUUAUUUUUAAAAGAAAGCUAGAGUUUAUUCUAUAGCUGCUCCCUGCCCAAUGUUCCCUUGCAGGGUGUCCAUACUUGUCACAACUUUUUCCACCCCUUCAGGACAAAUCACACUUACCAGAAUUCUACUGUGCAGCUGUUAAAAGGUCACUUUUUUUUUUUUUGCACUGGCUACACAUCACACCACCACUCUGUGACAAUUUAGUAUGGGGGACUCAGACCUGGGGUCCGGAUGCGGCCCUCCAGGCCUCUGCAUUUGGCCCUUGGAGCUCUCCACAGGCCACACUGUUCACUGGCCCUGCUUCAUAUCCAGAGUGUUUUUGCCUGGCUGGAAUUGGCCCUCAAACUCUGAUCAUGAAUUUUCUGCUUCCCUGGGUAAAGGAUGGGGAUGGAUGGGUGAGCGGAUGCAGGACAGCUUUCAACAACCCGGUGCUGUCCCACAGUAUCUGGAGGACACCAGGCUGGUGAAGGCUGGUGGAGAAACUAAUCUGCUGCGCAACAGGUAAAACUAUAUUACUAAAUAAGUACAACUCCUUCCUCCAUUUUGCCUCUGGCCCUGCCCACCACUGGGGGGUGGCACUCAGAAGGUUGUCCAGAAAGCAAAUGUGGCCCUCAGGGUGAGCAAACCUCCCCACCUGUUAUGCACUGAGUUGAAUGGGAUCCCAAAUGCAGCAGUCUGAUUGGCCCUAGAACAACAGGAUUCAGAAUGCAGCAGUCUGAUUGGUCCUAGAACAAUGCAGCAGUCUGAUUGGUCCGCAGGAGCCACCCAAUCCAGCUCCAGGUGGAAGUGAAUCCACAACCUGAUUGGCCUACAGCAGAAUCCCGGAAUUAGCCCAUCACGUGGGGCCCACUGUGUAAAUAAUGUAUAUAAAGCAGAUAUUGUGGGGGAAAUUCCAUUCCUCCUCACCACUAUGAGGGGAAUAAAGAGCAUGAAAUCCACUCUCGACUCCGAGUAUAUUUCACCACCCUUUUUUUUUAAGCAGAUACUUGUGUGCAUUGAAAUGCUACACAUUUUAAGGAGGUGAAAACUACAGCCAUCUUUGCGUUAAGUAGUUUCCCUAGCACUAUACACCAGUGUGUAUUUAAUAAGCUUUAAUGGCCCAUCCUAUCCCAAAGUCUGGGUAGCUGAGUUGGUUAGAGCAUGGCGCUGAUAAUGCCAAGGUUGCUGAUUUGAUCCCCAUAUGGGACAUUUGCACAUUCCUGCAUUUCAAGGGGUUGGACUAGAUGAUCCUCAGGGUCCCUUACAACUUUGAUUCUAUCGUUCUAAGGUGAGUUUCAGGACAUCCAUUCUUAAUUCAGCCUCAAACUACCCCUUUCUCCCACUACCCCUCCGCUAUUAACCCCCCUCACCCCACCUUUCCCUUCAGUACCAUCUCCUCCUGCGCAGCAUCAGUGUCAAUAUCGCAUUUCAGGUUCGCGUUCACUGUUAAUCUGUUGGGCGAGAAUGGCGACAUCGUCUUCCACUUCAACCCACGGAUGAACGAAAACGAGGUGGUCUGCAAUACGAAGCAAAACGGAGGUUGGGGAAAAGAGGAACGCUGGCCCAUUCCUUUCGAGGCAGGGGCCACUUUUAUGAUGAUCAUCGAUGUCAUGAGCGACUGCUACAGGGUGAGGCUGCCAGCGGGGCAUAUCUAUUCUUCAUCAAACAGUCUUCUCAUGGCCUGUGGGCUUUUAAUUCUCGUGGCUCAAGAUGGCUUUACUUUUUCUGUAACGGGCAAGAUGGCUUUAUGUUUAGUAAAGUAAAGUGGUAAAGUGGCUCCUGACCAUUAGGUCCAGUCGUGACCGACUCUGGGGUGGCGGCGCUCAUCUCGCUUUAUUGGCCGAGGCAGCCGGCGUACAGCUUCCAGGUCAUGUGGCCAGCAUGACUAAGCCGCUUCUGGCGAACCAGAGCAGCGCACGGAAACACCGUUUACCUUCCCGCUGGAGCGGUACCUAUUUAUCUACUUGCACUUUGAAGUGCUUUCGAGGAGCAGGGACCAAGCAACGGGAGCUCACCCCGUCACGGGGAUUCGAACUGCCGACCUUCUGAUCGGCAAGUCCUAGGCUCUGUGGUUUAACCCACAGCGCCACCCGUGUCCCGGCUUUAUGUUUAGGCAGUGCUAUUUUUCUAGAAAAAGAGGUGCCAGAACUCACCAUGAACGCCCCCUCGUUCUCUUAGAAUGGCAAUGGCGCCCUCUUGAGAGAUGCUGGAACUGAGUUCUGGUGAGUUCCGAUUGAAAAAAAAGUCCUGCAUUUAGACAUUCUCCUUGUGCCCUCCAUCUUUCCCAACAUCAGGGUCUUUUCCAGGGAGUCUUCUCUUCUCAUGAGGUGGCCAAAGUAUUGGAGCCUCAGCUUCACGAUCUGUCCUUCCAGUGAGCACUCAGGGCUGAUUUCCUUCAGAUUGGAUAGGUUUGAUUUUCUUGCAGUCCAUGGGACUCUCAAGAGCAUAGAUGAGCAUAAAGCUUCUGAGUUUGCUUCUCCCUCUAUUCUUUCGCAUCCCCAAAUACUCUCAAGGAUGAGCAAAUGCAAACAUGCUCUGAGCUACCUUUACUCCUUGUUUUCGGAAAACACACAGCCCCUAAUGUUAAUAUAUUAGAUAAGGCACGUUUCCCUCUCCGAUCUAAAGUAUGUUUCAAAGUAUGAAUUCAUCUUCCUAGUGAACUCAUCUUUGUCACUGGAGGUGCAAAUAGCCUCUGAGGCAUGAAGCAUUUCUGAGACUGGCUUCCUAACAAUGAUUUCUUUUGGACAGAGAGAAUCUGGCCACGUGCGGCUGCCUUUGAAGACAGUUCAGAGGCAGCAGCUAGCUGAGAACAUCGCAGCGAGGCUGCUAAUGGGAGCUAGGCGAUGAGACCUCUCGCUCCUGUAUCAAAACAACUUUACUGACUCCUAGUGGUAGUCAUUAUUAUGAUAGUUAUUAUUAUUUCUACUCAUUAGUAGCUUUUUCGCAGGAUUAACACAUCUCACCCACUAAAAAGAGACAACAAAUGUCUGAAACCCUCCAAAUUUACAUGCAAAAGCCUGGGCGAAAAAAAAUGUUGUUGCAUAAAGAUAUAUAGUGGUACUUCAGUUUACGAACUUAAUCCGUUCCGGAGGUCCAUUCUUCAACCAAAGCUGUUCUUAAACUGAAGCUCGCUUUCCCUAAUGAGACCUCCCGCCGCUGGUGCCCUUCCACUGUUUGGCUUCCAUUCUUAGACAGAGGUAAAGUUUGCUAACCGGGACACUACUUCCGGUUUUGCGGAGUUCGUAUACCGAAUAGUUUGUAAACAGGGCUGUUCUUAAACCGAGGUACCACUGUAUAAUGAUGCUGUAAGGCCGGCCUCCCUAGGGAGAGCAUUCCACAAGCAGGGAGCCAUCACCGAAAAGGCCCAUUCUCAUGUCACCACCCUCCACACGUCCCUCAGAGAGGGCACAUGUCUUAGAUGACAAUUGCUCAGCACCCUAUGUGGAGGUACCGGUCGUACUGCCCUAAAUCUGCAUGUGCUGUCACUUUCUUGUUCUAUUCUUUUCCUAGGUAACUGUCAAUAGUAAAGACUUCCUGAAAUACGUCCACCGCAUUCCCUUUUUUAGCGCCCGGGCUCUGGAGAUCAAAGGGGAUGUCAACUUGCAGAGGGUCUCUUAGGGUGAGUUGCAGGUUUUUAAAGCUUCUUAAUCCUUCCCCGUUUAAAACUUGUCAACGUGGUUUCUCUUGCUUACGGUAAGGAAAACAGCCGUUUGUCAGUUAAAGAGAAGUCCUUUGAAAUGAGGCAAUCUAAUCUUAAAGGAGCUGUUGUUGGGCAAGUUUAUUUAUUUAUUACAUUGAUAUCUCCCACCCUUCCUCCCAAAGGAGACAGAUUUGCAGAGCAACAAGUGAUAAAGCAAUAAAAACACAUUGAAAAUAAUUCCAGUACAGAUGCAGACUGGGUGCGAACUCAACUUAAAAGGUUUGUUGGAAGAGGAAAGUCUGCAGUAGUCAGUCAGACCUCUCUUAAAGGAACACCUUAGUCCUACUACUGACCAGUGUCAAAUCAUUUGACCCUGGCCAAAUCUGAUGUAUCAGGACAACGUGACUGCUACGUACGCUUGGAUGAAGGCAGGUUAUUUGGAUCUGUUCCGUUGUGAUGUCUAUCCUAGUUUUGAAAUCUUAAACUGCUCUGCCUUCUGUAGGGCAGGGGUAGCCAAUGUAAUGCCUUCCAGAUGUUUUGGACUACAACUCCCAUAAUUCUCUACAUUGGCCAGGCUUGCUGGGGCUGUUGGGAGUUGUAGUUCAAAACGUGUAGCGGGUACAACAAUAGGGUUGCCAUAUUUCAAAAAGUGGAAAUACGGACACACUACCAACAUGGCUGCCAUAUGGCCAGAUUUUCCUGCCCAGAUGCUGUUUAUGAGGACUGAAUACUGAGUAUGUCCAGGAAAUUCUGGAGGUAUGGCAACCUACACAACAUUGGUUCUCCUUGCUCCAGUGGAUGAUCUUCCCUGGAAGACAAGGGAGGCUGAGACCCUGAUGAAUCUCCUGGAUCUCUUGGUGGUGGCUGAUGCAAUCAGUCAGAGUAUCAUUCCGGACCACUUUGUAGGACUGUGAUGAAUGGGGAAUACCUGUGGUGCCGGUAACUCAUUUGCAUUUUUUAAAAUUGUGUGUGGUUGUGUUUUGUUUUUUUUUACAGGAACAAAACAAAAAGAGGGGAAAAGAGAAGACAAUGCUCAGGAAGACGACACAGAACAGAAAACAAAUUUAUUUUUUAAAGGAUAAUAAAAUGCAAUACCUUAUCUACUUACAAUAAAAUAAAAGAGAAUGCAACUUAAUAUUUGUGGAAGAAAUAUUGUUGACUAGUA